AGGAAGGGAUGCGAGGUCGAGGAGCUGACUGAGAGGCAUGGAUACAGCCUGAGCACGCGAAAUAAAAGAGAGAGAAAAAAAAAAAGAAAGAGAGAAGAGAAAAGAGAGAAGCGAUGGGAUUAAUGUGAUUUUUCUCCCCACACCGGGCUCGAAGUUAAAGGGAUUCGUCGCUGGAGAGGAAGCCUCGUAUGUGCAGCCUGUCAGGAGAGAGGAGCACUGCUGCAAUGCCAACUCACCGCACUGUUUCGGAGCUUUGUGGAAGAGAGAUGCUGGAAUGAAGUCGAGCACUAUGGGGUUCUCCAGGUUGGUACUCCUGACUCUUCCAGCUCUCCUUACCCUUGUGAGCCUGACGCGUGCGGCGGAGAAAGUGCCCAUCCUGAACAUUGCAGUGAUCCUGGGGCAAACGCGCUACAUUUCAGACAGAGACAUACGCGCUCUGUGGAGCAAGGAUGACCCCAUCGACGUCAAUGUGGUCACCCUGCUGGUCAACGAGACGGAUCCCAAAAGCAUCAUCACUCAUGUGUGCGACCUCAUGUCCGGGACUAAAAUCCACGGCGUGGUGUUCGGGGACGGCACCGACCAGGAAGCCAUCGCCCAGAUUUUGGAUUUUAUUUCCUCCCAGACGUUGAUACCCAUCCUGGGGAUCCACGGGGGCUCCUCCAUGAUCAUGGCCGACAAGGACGUGAAAUCGACGUUCUUCCAGUUCGGUGCUUCCAUCCAGCAGGAGGCGCUGCUGAUGCUGAACAUCAUGGAGGAGUACGACUGGCACGUCUUCUCCAUUGUGACGAGCAAGUUCCCGGGCUACCAGGACUUCAUCGCCAUCCUGAAGACCACGGUGGACAACAGCUUCGUGGGCUGGGACCUGCAGAACACCAUCACUUUGGACGCGGUGGACGGCGACUCGCGCACCCAGAUCCAGCUGAAGAAGGUGCAGUCGCCCGUCAUCCUGCUCUACUGCUCCAAGGACGAGGCGGCCUACAUCCUGGACGAGGCGCGCUCCCUCGGGCUCACGGGCUUCGGAUACAUCUGGAUCGUACCCAGCCUGACCACGGGCAACCCGGACGUCACACCCGAGGAGUUUCCUUCUGGAAUGAUCUCCGUCUCCUACGACGACUGGGACUACCCUCUGGAGGCGCGGGUGCGGGACGGGCUGGGGAUUAUAACCACGGCUGCGUCGGCCAUGCUGGAGGAGUUCGGAGACAUUCCCGAAGCAAAGACCAGCUGCUACGGGCAAAUGGAGAAGACCAAACUACCGCCCAGCGCUCUGCACAAGUACAUGAUGAACGUGACCUGGGACGGCAGGGAUUUGUCCUUCACCGAGGACGGAUACCAGGAGCAUCCCAAACUGGUGGUCAUCGUGCUGAAUAAGGACCGAGAAUGGGAGAAGAUGGGGAAGUGGGAGAACCGCAGUCUGACCCUGAAGUAUCCGGUGUGGCCGCGCUUCAACUCUUUCGGAGACGCAGAGACGGACGAUAAUCACCUGACCAUCGUGACUCUGGAGGAGAAGCCGUUCGUCAUCGUGGAGGACGUGGAGCGGCUGACCGGAACCUGCAUGCGCAACUCGGUCCCCUGCCGAAAACACAUCAAAGAUAACUCCACUGAGGGUGGCGGGACGUAUAUUAAAAAGUGCUGCAAGGGAUUCUGCAUCGACAUCCUGAAGAAGAUCGCCAGGAACGUGAAGUUCACCUACGACCUUUACCUGGUGACCAAUGGAAAGCAUGGGAAAAAGAUCAACAACGUGUGGAAUGGCAUGGUGGGAGAGGUGGUGUAUAAGAAAGCCGUCAUGGCCGUGGGCUCGCUGACGAUCAAUGAGGAGCGUUCAGAGGUCAUCGAUUUCUCCGUUCCCUUCGUGGAAACCGGCAUUAGCGUGAUGGUGUCCCGCAGCAACGGCACCGUCUCUCCCUCUGCAUUUCUGGAGCCCUUCAGUGCGUCCGUGUGGGUGAUGAUGUUUGUAAUGCUGCUGCUGGUCACUGCCAUGGCCGUCUUCAUGUUCGAGUAUAUCAGCCCUCUGGGCUUCAACCGGAAUCUGGCCCAGGGCAAAGAUCCCCACGGACCCUCCUUCACCAUGGGGAAAGCGGUGUGGCUGCUCUGGGGUCUGGUCUUCAACAACUCUGUGCCCGUGCAGAACCCCAAAGGCACCACCAGCAAGUUCAUCGUGUCCGUCUGGGCCUUCUUCGCUGUCAUCUUCCUGGCCAGCUACACUGCCAACCUGGCUGCCUUCAUGAUCCAGGAGGAGUUUGUGGACCAGGUGACGGGACUGAGCGACAAGAAGUUCCAGAGCCCGUACUCCUACUCCCCUCCAUUCCGAUUCGGCACGGUCCCUAAUGGCAGCACAGAGAGGAACAUCCGGAAGAACUACCCAGACAUGCACCAGUACAUGGUCAAAUACCAUCAGACGGGGGUGACCGACGCACUGGUCAGCUUGAAGACCGGAAAACUGGACGCUUUUAUCUACGAUGCGGCUGUGCUGAAUUACAUGGCCGGCAGGGACGAGGGCUGCAAGCUGGUGACCAUUGGCAGCGGCUACAUUUUUGCCACCACGGGUUACGGCAUCGCCCUGCAGAAGGGCUCGCCCUGGAAGCGGCAGGUGGACCUGGCCAUCCUGGCCAUCAUCGGCGACGGUGAGAUGGAGGAGCUAGAGGCCCAGUGGCUGACUGGAAUCUGCCACAACGAGAAGAACGAGGUGAUGAGCAGCCAGCUGGACGUGGACAACAUGGCUGGAGUGUUCUACAUGCUGGCCACAGCCAUGGGCCUCAGCCUCAUCACCUUCGUGUGGGAGCACCUGUUCUACUGGAAGCUUCGCUACUGCUUCACCGGAGUUUGUUCAGGGAAGCCCGGCCUGCUCUUCACCAUCAGCAGGGGUAUUUGGAGUUGCAUUCACGGUGUCCACAUUGAUAUGAAGAAAAAAUCCUCUGACCUGGACUUCAGCCCUCAGGCCAACAUGCUGAAGCUCAUCAAGUCGGCCAAGCAGAUGACCAACAUGACCAACCUGAGCGGCUCCAGGGUGAACUCGCCCAAACGCAGCGGCGAGUUCAUGCACUCGGCCGGGCCCAUGAUCAUGGACCUGAUGUCUGAAAAAGGGAACUUUGUGUAUACUGACAACCGCAGCUAUGCGCAAAAGGACAUCUACGGGGACUCCAGCGACAUCCAGGCCUAUUUGGCCAACCGCCACAAGGACCACCUGAACAACUACAUCUUCCAGGGCCAGCACCCCCUCACUCUAAACGAAUCCAACCCCAACACCGUGGAAGUUGCUGUGAGCGCAGAUGCAGCUCAGACGGCUGCUAAGCCCAGGGCUCUUUGGAAGAAGUCAGUGGAUACUGUCCGACAAGGCCAGGGGCCCGACACUUUGGCCCCGGACCCCCGUUUGUCCAUGAAGAGCCAGCGCUACCUUCCAGAGGAGGCAGCCCACUCUGACAUCUCCGACUGCUCCAGCAGGGCUGCCUCGUACAAGGAUCCUGAGAACAACAAGCACCUGAAGGCCAAGGACAACUUAAAAAAAAGAUCGAUGACGUCAAAAUACCCUAGGGAUUGCAGCGAAGUGGAGCUGUCCUACUUAAAAAAUAAGCAGGGCGGAUCUGGCCGAGAAAAAAUCUACACCAUAGACUCUGACCGGGAGCUGAGUCUGCACUCGGAUCCUCUGCAUUACAGAGAGAGCAGAGGCCUAGCAGCCGACGAUUUGGAUUUCCCCGAAAUUUACUCUGACCACAAUGACAAUUACAGGAAAUGUGACCAGCCCAUCAUCCAUCUGAACAGCAGCCCCCUCCAUCACACCGACACAGACCUCCUGCCGGACAACGCCUACAACAAACACUACAGUGUAAAAGACAAGAACCUCAGCCCGCAUGAGAGCAACGACCGCUUUAAACAAACCCACUGCCGGAGCUGCCUGUCAAAGGUGCCAAACUACUCCACGGGACCCUACGCGGCAAUGCGUUCACCCUACAACCGCUGUGAGGCGUGCCUGCAUAUGGGCAACCUGUACGACAUCAGUGAAGACCAGAUGCUGCAGGAGGUGAUGAUCAGUCCCAGCGUGCACCAAGACGACACCUUCGGCCACUACUGGCCGCAGACGGACGGGCCACACGUCCAGAAAAGGAACCGCCUGCGGCUCAGCCGCCAGCACUCCUUCGACAACAUCAUGCUGGAGAAGCCCAAGGAGGUUGACUUGAACCGGCCGGCCCGCAGCGUCAGUCUCAAGGAGAAGGACCGCUUCCUGGAGGACAGCCCGUACGCCAACCUGUUCAACGUCAAGUCCGACAAACUGUUCGGGAGCAGGUCCAUGCUGUUCAACCAUAACCUGGAGGAGAGCAAGCGCAGCAAGUCCCUUUACCCCGAUCACACCACGGACAACCCGUUCAUGCAGGCCGUGCGGGACGACGCACGCCUGGUCCACGGCAGGAGCUCCUCGGACAUUUACAAACAGUUGGCGCCCGUCAAAACGAGGAACGAGAACAAUCUGAGGUCCUCCAUCAAGUCCACCACCUCGUACUGUUCCAGGGAUGGUCGAAUACCCAAUGACAUGUACAUUUCAGAGCAUGUGAUGCCUUAUGUAGCCAACAAACCCAGUGCAUACUCAGCUCCUCGGGUCCUCACUUCUUCUCAGUUCAGCAAUAGACGAGUGUAUAAGAAAAUACCUAGUCUCGAGUCAGACGUUUAAUGCUCUUUCUCU